AUGCAAGGAAGAGUAAGAGCACAUCAAAUCCCUCAUGUUUGGGUCACUAAACGUUGUAAACAGCCAAAUAAACGAAAAUGUGCAGUUUGUUUAAAUUCGCUAGGAUUUUUGUUGCAAUAUGAAAAAUGUCAAAGUUGCAAGUUGUCGGUACAUAUUGAAUGUAAAAAGAAUUCACGGGUGCGUGAUAAUUGUGGUUUAACACAGAAGCACUUGAAGGAAUUAGUCACCCAAAUGGUUAUUUCUAAAACUCAGGACAAUUGGGCCCCAGAAAUUGGGAAUUCUCAUUCAAUGAGCGAUAUUUACGCCAAUGAAGAAUCGCCCACUACAAUUGUUGUUUCUGAAGAAAUUCAAGUUCAACGGACAGAAAAAUUUGACAGAAGAUCGUGGAAUAUGUUCACUUUAAGAGCUUGGAAGGAUGACUCAAUACCUAAUGGUGAACUCGAGGUUCUAUCACCAAUUGGGCGCGGAAGAUUUGGAGAAGUCUUCGCUGCUUACUACUACGAGCCCGCAGUAAUCAAAUUUUUUGACAUGUAUCAUGUUGACGUGCACAAACGUUUAGAAGUCUUCAAACAAGACACUGCCUGUUUUCAAAAUGUUCGACACGAAAAUUUAAUUUUUUUUCGAGGCUUUUACACAAUUGACCGGUCAAAAUUGGGUAUUGUAAUGGAAUAUAUUAAAGGGGAUACUUUGUUUGAUAUUUUGCAUGAUCCUGACAAUGAUAGACGCCCAAUAGAUUUUAAUGAUAUUAUUGAAUAUGCGAAACAAAUUUGUCAGGGAAUGUCAUACCUUCAUACCAGACAUAUUUUGCAUAAAGAUUUACGUUCAAAAAAUAUUUUUGUAAGUGAAAGACGGUCAAUAAAGAUUACAGAUUUUGGAAUUUUUAAUUUAAAAAGGCUAUCAUAUCCCAACAGGUUUUAUUUUUUUUUGAAUUUUAGAGAAAUUUUUGACAAAAAAAAUUUUUUUAGAAAUUAUUCAUUUGUUGUUCCGUUCAAUUGGCUUCGUUAUAUAGCUCCAGAACUUUUGAGAGUGUUAAAUGAACGUUUUGAUCCAGUUACGUUUACAGAAGCUUCUGAUGUUUUUUCUUUUGGGUCUGUUUUUUGGGAUAUAUUUUUUUGGACGUGA